GAACGUCAAAACUUUCUUGUUGACUUUUUUUUUCGAUUGGCUUUUUAUUCGAUCAAAACAUCUUGUUUACAAAGUUCGAACCAUAUUGGGCCCGUUUUGCACUCUUUCUUCAACUACGAACUAUAAUUAGACAAAUUGUUCUUUGGUCCUUAAUAACUUUUUCUUGUGCCAUUUUUCGAAACAUUCUACAAAUUAAUCAGCGUCGUCAUGACCGUGUGAUUCUUUGUACAAAAAUGAGACAGGCUCCUAAGCAAACGGACAACGAUUCGAUGGACAUUCGUGCGCAUUUGAUGCUCGUGUAUACUGUUUUUUUUUUUUGGUUGAUUAAUCGAUAAUAACGUAUACAACUAUUGGACAAAAGAAAUCAAUGACUUUCGUCGAUCAUGGACAAACUGUCAAGCGACGAUGAUAUAGCCGAAAUACUGUUAUUGAAAAACCUGCCACCUAAAUGUGAAAACGAAGAAUAUGUUAAAUUUACUCCAAAAAUUGAAAAAUCCAUACCAGAAAACAACUUUGAGGUAUUUAUCAAAGAUUGUACAUCGCAAGACAAGUCUCAACAUCAAGUUAAAAAUGAAUUUAUGGAAUGUAAUAUCGAAGACUGUGACAGUUUGCUGAAUUUCAAUAAGCAGAUAAUCUCUUAUUUGUUGGAUUUGAAAAAACACAUAACCUAUGUUCUUCAAAAGUGUGAAAAAAAAUUGAAAGUGGUAGAGUCAAAUUUACAGAAACAUACAAUCGGAGAUACAAAGAUUUUGAUUUGCAAUGCCGGUAUGCCAUAUUUCAAAGACAGAAAUUAUUUCUUUGCUCCUAACAACGACGACGAAACAUUAAAAGAGAAUCAUAAAGAAUUACAGCUUAGAAAUCUUCCUAAAGUUUCACCAUGGACAAUAAAAGAAAGAUACACCCUUUUGAAAGCGGUACAAGAAGAAACUAUUGCAAAGGCGUUACACUCUCAAAAGAUAGAAUAUAUAAGGCUCAAUGGGGUAAAGAAAAAAAAGAAGAAAACCAAAAAAUUUCCACCUACAGAUUUGGUAGAAAUGAUUGGUCCAUUAGGAGGAAGGGAAUUCGAUUGGUUUAAAAUAUCGUCUAUCCAUUUUGAGGAGAUACAUGCACCGCUUGACUGUCGUAUUAUGUGGAAUAGUUUUCUUCAUCCCAAGAUCAACAAAAACUGUUGGACAAAACCAGAAGAUAAUAAGUUGAAAGAAAUUGUAAAGAACUAUAAAUAUCAAAAUUGGGAUGGUAUUGCCAAAGAAUUAAACACAAAUCGUACAGCGUAUCAAUGUUUCAUUAGAUACAACACAACAAAAAAAUUGCCUAAAGUUAGAAACUGCAUUUGGGAAAGCAAAGAGGACGAAAGACUUUUAAAGUUGGUUGACAUAUUUAAAAUUGGUGACUUCAUUCCCUGGGGUGAAGUAGCCAGUUGGAUGCAAAAGAGAACUAAACAGCAAGCUUAUUUCCGAUGGAAUUAUAGUUUGGCCCCAUAUUUAACGAAAGGUAGAUUUAGCAAAUCCGAAGAUAAUUUGUUGAAGGAUGCCGUCACUAAAUAUGGUACAAAUUUUAGCAAAAUAUCAGCUGCAUUGAUGCCUAACAGAUCAACUGUUCAACUUAAUUAUCGUUAUCAAUUAUUAACUACCAACGAAGAUAAAAAUUGGAAUGUAUGGACGCUCACGGAGGAUUCAAAAUUGCUUGAACUCUACAAAUGCUUUGGGCCAAAUUGGUCUAAAAUAUCUGAAGCUUUUUCGUGUAAAACUAGGACUUACCUAAGACAUCGACAUGCAGCUUUGCAAAAAUAUAUUAAGAGGGGUAUUUCCGUUGUUGAGUUACACAAGAAAGAUAAAAACGAAGGGCAGCAAAAUCAGAAGGAAGAGGAAUCUAAACAGAGAAGUAAUAACAGGUUAAACAGAGAUUGCGGAAACGAUGUAGAUCAAGAAUUAAUCGAGUAUUUCUAUAUGAAACAAGCAACAGUAAACUCUAUUCAGAAAAGGAGACAUUGCUCGGUAGAAGAACUUGAGCGCAAUACAAAAAAAUUGUAUAGCACUUUACAGCUGCUAAAUGCUAAACUUAAUAUACCCGACGACAUUAGUAAUUUAAAAUUAAACAAUCGCGAGAAACAACUUUUAUGUUCCUUGAGAGAAUACACAAAGAUGAAGAGUGAUAAGAGACGACAAUUUGAAGUUAUAGAUAAGUGUAGCUCGCUUAUGUUUGGAACAAAUUGUGAUACAAAAGACGCCACUCAUUACAUACCACCACCUCCUUUUGACUCGCAGAUCAAAUUGAAAAAAUUAAAGGAAACUCAGUGCAUUGAUUAUCAUCUAAAUACAAAUAAUACUUUCUUAGUUGUAAAACCAGUAGACUUCAACACGCCAGACUUUGUAAUCGCUCAUAUCGGCGGCAACGAGCAAGAACUACAAUUUCAAAAGCUCAGUCAAUUGUUUGAAGUUAAUAGUUUAAAGUGUAGACAGAGUGCACAUAGUAUCAAAGAUUUUUGCACUUUUUCAACUGGUAUACCGCUACAACAAAAUAAUAGUAGCAAUAGUUGUAAUAGCAAUAAUAGGAAUAAUUUUAGUAAUAAUGCAGUGCAAGAAAUGAAAUUUAUUGCUUGUUGCGAGAAUCUUUCUGUUAAUUCUUUUGAAAAUAACAGUACUCACGAUUAUAGCUGUGUUAAGUUAAAGAGCGAAGAUCACGAGGAAUCGUGCGAACAAACGACGAAAAAUAUUACAUUAUUUAAUACGUUAGAGAAGAUACAAAAUUGUGCAUCCACUUCUAACGUAGAAACAAAUAUAGAACAAGAUAUACCCUCGAUAGAAGCGACGCACGCAACGCUACUGAGUCUAAAGAAUUUAAUGUAUUUGAAACAAUUGAACGAAACGUGCAAUAAUAUACAUCAGUUUUUCACGAAAUCAAAGAAAUUUCAAGAAUCGCUUAAUUUACUAGAAACACGCCUCGAACAAUUGUUUAUGUACCCGAUUGGCCAGUCAAAAACUGCAUUACCGAAAGUUUACGUAAUGGAUGCAUUUUCAUACGAUGAUAUUGCACCAAAAAGAAAAGCUUCUGAAAUGUCCAAAAUUCUAAAGCCAUAUAAAACAAAAAGGUUACAUUCGUACGAUAAAAAGAGUAAAAGUCUAAGAUAAUAGCGCGACAGAUUCAUUAAUAUUUCAAAUAGUACUACUAUAUAUACAUGUGAAGUGUUAUAAUUACGGUAUGAAAACAAAAUUAUCCCCUUUCAUAUAAAAAAGUACUAAUUUGGAUGAAUCAUAUCUUUCAAAAAAAUUUGCCAAUUUUUUUAAUCAUUUAAAAAUACGUAUAGGCAAAGUUUUUAAUCGAUUUUAUUCAUCGAGUAUGUGUGUGUAUUGAAUUUGAAGUAUGUAUGUAUAUUUAUAGUGCAAAUUGAUAAUGAUAUUAAGAUAAAUGAACAAGAAUCUAUGGAUACAACGAUCACUUGUAUCCUUAAACGCGAUACAAACACACUUCAUUUAAUUUUUUAUUUCACGAGAAAUAAAAAAUACAAAACAUUACAUUGUUUUUUUUUUUAACGAUACGAUAAAGGACAUUGUAAAAUACAUAAAUCGACGAACAAAUAUAGA